AUUUCAUAAAUUUAUUUUGCCCAUCUCUCUCUUCAUUUCUGUUGCGUCACCACAGUUGACAUGAAAACCUUGCAUUUUAUCUGGGUUUUACAUGUACUUUUGUGUUUGGUAGCUGAGAAAAUGUGAGGAAGGCCAAGACUUUUUUACUUUCUGAUUUACCCAUUGGAGAGAACGAGAAGAAAUAUAGACUUUUGGAUCUGUUUGUGGCCUCAGCUGGGUUCUUCAACCCAAAAGAAUGUUUCGGUUCUGCAGAGGGAUACUUCAAGGUUGAAAUAUAAGCAAAACCCAAGUGCAAUUGGAUUGCAAAUUUGUAAGGGCAAGGAUUUUGAUUGAUUGGUGAUAUUGGCCAACAUAAAAAGCUGGUGAUGUCUUGUUUCUCUUGCUUGUUUAAAAAGAAGGAAGCUUCCCUUGUUAAGCAGCCUGUUGAAAUCGAUGAAGUGGUUUCAGGCGUUUUGAAUGUCAAACAGUACACUUACAUGGAACUGCAAAUUGCCACUGAGAACUUCAGUAAAGAAAAUAAAAUUGGUCAGGGAGGCUUUGGCUCCGUGUACAAGGGAACACUAAGGGAUGGCACUUUGGCGGCUAUAAAAGUAUUGUCAGCAGAGUCUAGUCAAGGGUCGAGGGAAUUUUUGACAGAAAUCGAGGUGAUUGCAACCAUUGAACACGAUAGCCUAGUUAAGCUAUAUGGUUGCUGUGCAGAAGGAGAUCACAGAAUAUUGGUUUAUGGCUAUCUCGAGAAUAAUAGCCUAGCACAAACACUUCUGGGUAGAGGCUACAGCGGUAUCCAAUUUACUUGGCCUACAAGGUGUAAAAUUUGCAUUGGUGUUGCAAGGGGGCUCACUUAUCUCCAUGAGGAGGUUAGCCCUCAUAUUAUUCACAGAGACAUUAAAGCAAGCAAUAUUCUCCUUGAUAAAGACCUCUCACCAAAAAUUUCAGAUUUUGGUCUUGCAAAGUUUAUCGCACCGAACUUGACCCAUCUUAGCACUCGUGUUGCUGGAACAACAGGCUACUUGGCGCCUGAGUAUGCGAUACGAGGUCAAGUGACAAGGAAAUCAGACAUCUACAGUUUUGGCGUUUUACUGUUGGAAAUUGUAUGUGGGAGGUGUAACACAAACAGACAUUUACCACCCAAAGAACAAUAUCUUCUUGCACUGGCAUGGGAACAUCAUCAGAAGGAGCAGCUGGUGGAGUUGGUAGACGCUUCAUUGAAUGGAAAUUUUGACGUUGAGGAGGCUUGCAGAUUCCUAAAGAUUGGCCUUCUCUGCAUUCAAGACAUGCCCAAGCUCCGACCAUCCAUGUCUACCGUUGUUCAAAUGCUGACGGGUGCAUUAGAUGUGAAUGAGGGGCAGAUAUCCAAACCAGGACUGCUUUCUGAAUUUAUGGAGCAAAGAGAAUGCGACAGAGAAAAGGCCAAAGCAAAAAAUCCAUCUUACACGAUAUCCGCCUCAGGGAGGUUUAUGAAUUCAUCAUCUUCAUCAGAAACUGCCACCACUUCAUUUGCUACUAUGACCUUCAAUUCUAUAUAUGACCGAAGCAAUUAGGGCAGGCAGAAUCCAGUUUUCAUAUUCCCUCUGGUUUGGUCAGGCUGUAGGCAUAAUAAUUCUUCUAGGUUGUCUAGGGAAACAAGUAAAAGAGCGACCUCAAGCCAACAAAGGCUCCCCGCUUUGCGAGGGUCGGAGUGAAACGUCUAUCGUACACAACCACAACCUUACCCUUACUUUGCAAAGAAGCUGUUUCCACGAAUGUCUUCCAAAGAACUAGCCAUAUCACUUUUCAGGUGUAAAUGUUUAUAGUCAAUCAAAUUUCAGUUUUUUUGGGUGUGUAAAUAAAGCUCGACUAUAUAUACAAUUCUUUCGUCCCUUCUUCGAGUCCA